AUGAACUUUGAUGCUUCUAGGAAGUCAUCAUCAUUGGUUUGUCAUCAAUCUCUCUAUGACAUUUUACUUUCUUGUCUAUAUUCACUUUUGUGUAAUACGUUGAUAUUUACCACAACAAUUACUACUGUUACAAUCAUUACUAUUACUACUACUACUACUAAUACUACUGCUACUACUAUUACUACUACUAAUACUAUUUCUACUUUUAUUACUAUUACUACCACUUCUAUUACUAUUGCUAUAGUUAUUAUUGCUAUUGUUGUUACAACAUUACAACUAUUAUUAUGGUAUGGUUAUCGUUAA